ACUUAUCUUCCCGGAUCUACGUUAGCAUGCGGACCUUUUUAAGCCACUCGCUUACCAUCUCAAACAGGCACUCUUGAGUGCGGAAUAUCAUGAGGUAGUGUCUUUAACACCACGUGGAUGGCUUUCUAGGAUCGUACCGCAUUAUACUUGCAAAAAUGGAGAAGUUCUCACAAUACCGCGACAGAGGUUCGGGAAUCGCUCCAUUCUUCCCUGUGCCGACCGAGUCCUCUGGUAUAGCCUUGCCCUUCCAUAUCUUCCUCUUCCUCGUCCGCGUGCCUCUGUUGCUUGCAACAUUCAUCCUCUACUACUUUGCCCUUAGCUGGCUCCCGUUGGGCUCGCUGCUCAAGAAAGGAAUACUAUGGGUCAUGAUUGGAAUACCAGGCAUAUGGUGGAUUGACCUGCAGAUUGACGGAGUGAGGAGAGGGCAACUGGGAAAAGCACCUGCAAACCGACUUCCCGGUCCUCGGACUAUCAUCGCAUCGUCGUACACGUCCCCUCUAGACUGCCUAUACUUGGCCGCUAUAUUCGAUCCAGUCUUCACCGUGUCCUGGCCGAAUACUCUCAAAGUACAGCGUAUUUCCUUGGCUCAAGCCAUGAUACGAGCAUUCUCCAGUCCAGAAAUGAGUCCGCCACCCAAAGCUCGCCUUACAGACCUGGCCACGCUACUGAAGGAAAAUCCCGACUCUCCAAUCGUCGUCUUUCCAGAAUGCACCACAACGAACGGCCGCGGAAUCCUCCCUUUCAGUCCGUCUCUCCUGACCGCACCACCAAACACAAAGAUCUUCCCACUUAACCUUCGCUACACACCCGGCGAUGUCGCGACCCCUCUCCCUGGCACAUAUUUAUCAUUCUUGUGGAAUCUCUGCUCGAAACCAACCCACUGCAUCCGGACCCGUAUCGCAGAGUGUGUCUACAACACAUCCAAAUCCCCCUCAAAUGGUGUGCGCCCUCCGCAGUUGAAACCUAAUUCUAUUGAUACUAACUUCUUUGACGGCCUUAACCUGGGCGACAAAGCAAGCAGUUCGGAAACAUUAGUCGGCUCAGAGGAGCUGGGCAUCGACGGGCUGAAUGCAGACGAACGAAAAGUGCUGGACCGCAUCGGAGAGGACCUCGCGCGGCUGGGGCGGGUGAAGAGAGUUGGGUUGGGCGUCAAGGAGAAAGAAGAGUUUGUCAAGGCGUGGACAAAGAAACGGCAUUGACGUCGUGCUGGGGGGAAAUGCUUGUAGAUGUUCUUUUGGUGGGAGAUAUUUCCAGCGAUUCAGCGGACUUGUAGGUAGCGUAGCAUCUACGAACAAUACUUAUAUAUAAGACAAACUUUUGAAGGUCUCGAGGAAUGACAUAUCACAUGCG